CAGGGAGGAGGGCGAGGGGGAUGCAGCGGCGCAGCGCGCUGGCGGAGCCGGGCGGCAGCUGGGAGCCUGCUGGGGACACCGGGGAGACGUGAGCCCCUCAGCCGGGCCCAGCCCCAUCCCAUUGGCUCCCGAGCCGCCGGAUUUAAAGGGAAGAGGAGCUGGGAGGGCUGAGCUGGGAGGGCUGAGCUGCGCAGGCAGACGCAGACUCAGCCAAGUUGUCAGCGCGCUGCGAGCGGGAGCGGCUCUCCAACACAUUGAUGCUCCUUUGGCUCCAGAAAGGAGAAAAGGAAGAGAGGACUGAAAAAGCAAAACAAACAAAAAAACCACACACAAAGGGGUGAUCCAGAAGGAGCCUGAUCCAGUCCAGCAGUCCCAGAGGGAAUAAUGGAUGUGACCGUCUCUCAGUUCAUCUUAGAAGAAUUUGAUGUGAACUGCAGCCUCCUGGAUCGUUUGCACGAGACUUUUUUAGAGAGUUCCUCUAUCCCUUUCCUGGGCUUUGAUGGUCCGUACUGCAAUGCCACCACGGACCAGAUCGGGACCUGCUGGCCCAGAACCUCUGCGGGGGAACUCGUGGAGAGACCCUGCCCGGAGUUCUUCAAUGGGAUCAAGUACAACACCACGAGAAAUGCCUACAGAGAAUGCCUGGGCAAUGGGACAUGGGCUUCCAAGAUAAACUACUCUCAGUGCGAGCCUAUUCUGGAUGACAAGAGGAAGUAUGCGCUCCAUUACAAGAUUGCUCUCAUCAUAAACUACCUGGGCCACUGUAUUUCAGUAGGGGCCCUUAUAGUUGCCUUUAUGCUUUUCUUGUGCUUGAGGAGUAUCAGAUGCCUGCGGAAUAUUAUCCACUGGAACUUGAUCACCACGUUCAUCCUGAGGAAUGUGAUGUGGUUUCUGCUUCAAAUGAUAGAUCACAACAUCCACGAGAGCAAUGAGCCCUGGUGUCGAUGUAUUACCACUGUCUACAAUUACUUUGUGGUGACCAACUUCUUCUGGAUGUUUGUGGAAGGCUGCUACUUACACACUGCUAUAGUGAUGACCUACUCCACAGAUAAACUGAGGAAAUGGGUCUUUCUCUUCAUUGGAUGGUGUAUUCCCUGCCCAAUCAUCAUUGCCUGGGCCAUUGGCAAGCUGUAUUAUGAAAAUGAACAGUGCUGGUUUGGAAAAGAGCCAGGGAAAUAUAUUGACUACAUCUACCAAGGGCCAGUGAUUCUUGUUCUCCUGAUAAAUUUUGUAUUUCUAUUUAACAUAGUUAGGAUUUUAAUGACAAAGCUGAGAGCUUCAACCACUUCAGAAACAAUCCAGUACAGGAAGGCAGUCAAGGCCACGUUGGUUCUCCUGCCUCUGCUUGGCAUCACCUACAUGCUUUUCUUUGUCAACCCUGGCGAGGAUGACAUUUCCCAGAUUGUUUUCAUCUAUUUCAAUUCCUUCCUUCAGUCUUUUCAGGGUUUCUUUGUGUCAGUAUUUUACUGCUUCUUGAAUGGUGAGGUGCGUUCUGCUGCCAGGAAGAGGUGGCACCGCUGGCAGGACCACCACUCUCUGCGGGUGCGGGUGGCACGAGCCAUGUCCAUCCCCACGUCCCCCACGCGGAUCAGCUUCCACAGCAUCAAACAGACCGCGGCCGUGUGACCGCCCCCACGGACACCGCCACCGCCGCCCGCGGCCUUCAGAGCUCUCCUGUCCUCCCACCCACAGCCCCUUCCUGCAAACUCUCCUCCCCUGGCCUCGCUGAUCUCUUUCCAGCGGGGCGCCCAUCCUGUUUCGGCGGGCUCUCGUCUCCCACACCCGUGAUGCUGCUUUGAGGCAACCAGGGAAAAGCCUCUUGGAGUUGGUGGUGGUAAAACAGAUUCAAAGAAGGAACAGGUCCAACCCUGACUGCAUCCCGUGGAACUUCACAAUGCAAAGUAUAAAACAGCACACCGGCAGGAAUAAUCAAUUUUUUUUCUCCUUCCUUUCUUUUGUUUUUUUGUUUUUAUUCCCCCUUUCCUACUGCGGUGAACAAAGACUAUUUUGAACACACUGCCCAUCUCACUCUGUACAUUGAUUCCCAAUUAUUUCAACAAUUUUGGUGUAUUAUAGCCCAUCACUUUCUUGUUUUCUUUGUAAAAAGUUUCUUCUCUGCAAAACUGUCAUUUGAGAACUUGUGGCAGCAAGAAAAAGAGCGUCUGAAAGGUGGUGUGAAAAGCCUGAAUUUAUCUGCCUUCCCCAUUUCUCUCUUGGACAGACUGGGAAUUGUCAGGGCAUCGCUGGACUGUUCCACACGGGGCACUUUGCCUGGUGAGCACCAUGCCCUGCUCUUACACAGAUUUUCAAAGGACAGGAGUAGCUCUAAGUAGCUCUACAAAAUACUCUCAUUCCUCUUAGCCCCACUCUUCCAGCACAGUGUAAGUGGAAAGCCUUUGGAAAGUGGUUUGUUUUCAGCUCAGAGCAUCAGGGUGGGGAAGGACAGCUCUUCUGGGUUUAAAAAACACAAAAGGGAAGCACUGUAAAGAUAAUGAGGAUGAGAAGAGGAUGUUUGUGUUCCAAGAAUAAUGCUACAUGCUGCACAAAGGUAUCUAUUGAGCAUUUUGAACUAGAGCAGUUGUAUCUACCAGGCUUUUUAUGUGAUGUUCAAGAAUACUGUAUAUUUUCAAUAAUAAACACUACUCUGGGUUGGUUUCAAUAAAACCAAGCAUCGUUUUCUUUAACUCUGCCAAGGAAGAGGACACCUGUCUUGACAGUGAUUUUGCAGCUAUGGUCAGGGAAGGAAAUCCUGUUUGAUAGUGAGCCAAGAAGAAGAACAACCUCGUGAUAAAAUACUUACAAGGGAGCAUUUAAAUGCAAGAAUUGCCUCCCUUCUCAGCUCAUGGUCUUACAGGGGAUCCCUUCCCCUCUGCACUCUCUCCACUGGGCUUUGCCACAGCAGUAAGAAAAAUGUUGUGUUAUACAUUCUCCAUCACCUGCAUCUCAAAAGAGCUGGAGUAAUUUGCUCUUUCCACUUUUAACAAGCUUACUCUGAAUUUUCUUCAGGUGUUUUAUGGGACUUUUCAGCAUGAGCUUGAUUUAAACCCCCAGAUUUAUGUUGCUCUAGUUUUCAGGGACUGGAAAUUGUCUUGGAAAACACUGUUAUAAAUCCCCUGCUUAUGGGGGGGAGGGAGGAUGUCUGUCCUAACAGCUCAGUCAUAUUCAACUUUGAGCUUGCUGGCAAUGAGCAGCAAAUUUAAAUAAACAACAUUUUGUAACUUUUCCCUCUCGUAACUCAUUUGGAUUCAUGUGCCUCAAAGAGAUAACCAGCGAGAGGAAGGAGAUCCGAGUGCCUGAUGAGAGAGGACCAGGUCAGUGCUUUUAUUCAUCACAGUAGCAAUGCACAGCCCCUGGCAUCUUGUGUUUGAAGGGAGGGACACAUCUACAGGUUAGAAACAUGCACAGGGAUUUGCUCUGUGCUUGCUCUGGCUCUGGGCCAUGCUGGGAUGAAAGAGGGAUUUGCAAUGCAGCAGAUUCUGUCAGAAAUUGCAGGUUAUUGGUGCUGCCAGGAGUAUAGCAGACAUCCAGACACGGAGCAGGUCUGAGUAGACAAGAAAUUUGGCAGCUGAAGCAGUGAACUAAUGGUUAACUCUGGGGUCCUUUAGAGCUUUGAGUUUACCUCAGUGAACCACUGGAAUAUAUCAAUGCCAGGGCACCCACUUUGUGCCAGUGUCCUGGGCUAUUGUUGCAAUGCCCCUAGUUUCACUUACAAUAAUAUUCCCUGAACAUUUAAGCCAAUAAAUAGGUGAAGACAGUUAAAUUUGGUUUGUGUCUUAGUAAGUCAGGUGGCUGAUCUCCCACUGCACUUGGUACCUACCCAAGGAAAUUGUGUAGCAUGAAGAAAAUAAAAAUAAUAUUUUAGACUCUGCAAGAUCUCACCCCCAGGACUUUGGAAGAAGUUCACUGUUCACUUUCCUAACAGCAACUGUGCUGCUCCUGUCUCUGCUGCACUGUCUGGUCCCAGAGGUGGAGAGCUAACAUCUGUCAACAACAGCAUUUGGCACAUCCAAGCUGGAUGACAAAAUGCCCACCUUUCCUGGGAACACCAGCCAAAGCAGCUGCUGAUGCCAUCCCAAGACAUGGGGCUGCUUAGAAAUGGAUUCAUCUGAGUUUAGCUCUUUGGAAACCAGCCCAGGAGAAAAACACCUGGGAGCAAAACAGAUAAGCAAGAACUUCCAUUUUCCCUGGAUAGCUCUUGAUAAAAAGGCUGGAGGUUAGCCACACACCCUCAUGUCAAGAAAACAAAUAAAUAUUUCUGAACUUGCA